AAAUUAGUCAUGGCUGAUUCACAGAUGGGUAAGGACGUGUCAAUCGUAUUGGAAGACGGUUAUUCCGAUUCGAAAGAACAUGUUUAUCUCGAAGAAACAUUUUAUAUUCUAUCUAAAAAGAAUUCUGUGUUCCGUGUUAGGCUUACAUCCAAAGGAUUGUCCUUAACAAAGGAGUCUGAAGGUUGUAAAAAGGAACAAACGAUACUGUUGCACGAUAUCAUAGGCAGCAAAUGCAUGAGAAGCAAACGUCGCCGCCCCGGAGCCAGUUCCUGUGUGUGCAGCUCAUUAGUUGGCUCCCAACAGCUGAAAGUGGUCGAUGAAAACAGCGGGGACUUGGACGAGAACGAUAUCAGCGCUUAUCUCUACAUUUAUGCUUACAUCCUGAAACAGAGUCGUCGUUCGUUGAAAAGGGAGAGGACGACCAUAACACUGCGGUUCCGGUCUUUCGAUAAGUAUGAAGACAAUAAUAGAGAGGCUCAAAAAUGGAGAACGACUUUGAAGUGUUUGAUAGCGGGUUUGUCGAUCACGAGCGUUCCACCGCCGAACGAUAAGAAGUUGUUGAUACUGUUGAACCCUAAAUCGGGGUCUGGGAAAGCUCGGGAGUUAUUCCAGACCAAGGUGGCUCCAUUGCUGCAGGAGGCCGAAGUGCCUUACGACUUGCACGUGACGAAGUAUGCCCAGUACGCGCGGGAGUUUGUGCGUACGAGGAAUGUGUACUCCUGGCGCGGUGUGGUAGCGGUAGGAGGUGACGGCGUCCUGUUUGAAGUUCUCAAUGGCAUGUUCGAGCGGCUGGACUGGCAGCAGGCACUGGCUGAGGUGCCCCUGGCCAUCCUGCCUUGUGGGUCAGGGAACGGACUCUCAAGAUCAAUCUGCCAUUUGUACAAUGAACCAUACAUUCCACAAAACCUGACGGGGCAGGCGAUGGCGUUGGCGCGAGGCAAAGUGGCGCCAAUGGACGUCGUCAGAAUCGAAACCAAAACAAAAAUCAUGUUCUCCUUCCUCUCCGUCGGUUGGGGCCUACUCGCUGACAUCGAUAUCGAGAGCGAAAGACUACGGGCCAUCGGCUCCCAAAGAUUCGCGAUCUGGGCCGUAGCAAGACUGGUCGGCCUGAGAAGGUACAGAGGCGUCCUGAGCUACGCGAAAAUAAAGGAUGUGAGCAAUCUACCCAAGCCGAAGCAGCCGUUCACCCUGAGCCACAGCAUAAGCCAGGACGGCGCGCUCGAUUCCCCCGACGCGGAAGCGUUUAUCGACUGCGACGACCACGCGGAAGUGUUCACGAGCGCCGUGAACGGUAAGCAUCAGAGAGUAGAUUCAUGGUACUCCGUCAACUCGCGUCGGAGCGCGUUUUACAGCACACGCGGGUCUGAGUACCACAGCGUCACCAGCGAAGGCUCCGAGAUGCGGUCGCCGGUUCACGCCUGCAUGCACGGGCCCGCGUCGCAUCUGCCGUCGCUCAUGUCACAACUGCCCUCCCACUGGGUGCACGAGGAGGGCGAAUUCGUAUUGGUCCACGUGUCAUAUCAGUCCUACAUCGGCGAGGACUUCUUCUUCGCCCCGCGGUCGCAGCUGUCCGACGGCGUGAUGUGGAUGCUGAUCAUCAAGUCGGGGGUCAGGCGCUCGCAACUCCUGUCGUUCCUCUUGAACGCUGAGAGCGGUACGCACGCGGAGAUCGACAGCGAAUACAUCAAAAUGGUCCCCGUCAGCGCAUUUAGAAUAGUUCCUGAAGGGUCGGAGGGCAACCUCGCGGUCGACGGCGAGGUCGUCGAGUACGGCCCGAUCCAAGCAGAAAUAUUCCCUAACAUAGUUAACGUACUGGUCCCGGAUACUAAAUAACGAAUAACUCCAAAUCGUAUUAUUUAAUUAAACGCGGAUUAUUCUCGAACCGUCUGAUUUAGUUAGUUGAAACAAAACCGAGCCGACUAAAGUGCAAAUGUGCAAUAAGACGGAAAUAUCAUUUCAGGAGGUGUAAAAUUAUGGUUGUGCCAGAUGAUAUCUAAAUUAUCUACUUACCAAAGUAAUCGCAAUAUCACAGAAUUGAAUUUAUCAUUCCUUAUAUGUGAUUAUUUUAGAUUUAUAUUACAAUAUCAACAAAAUUAUUCGUUAAUUGGUUCAAUAAUUAUAUGAAUGUGAUAAUAAUUUUGUAAGUUAUUUAGUUUUCGAAAAUAUUUGUUUAGUAAACUAGUCAAGCUUUGAAAGAUUUUUAAUAUGAAGAAGUGCCAAAUAUUUUGCACUAUAAAGCAUUCACUUGUUGACAUAUUAUUAUGUUUACAAAAUUAGGAAUUGAUUGUUUACGUAUGAGUAUUUGCUCAAGCGGGACAUACCUAAUAUGAGUACAUUAUUCCUACUUGUUAUUAGCUAAUUUAUUAAACAGUAGCUUGAAGCAAUAAAUUUACAUUACAAUUGAUUUAAUACUUUGGAUGAGCCUUUAAACUCUUAAACUUGCCGCUAAGAAAAAUAAUAUUUAUGUUAGUUUGAGUUUAGUUUUAUGUAUAGUGGGUUGGGUCCAUUUUUAGUACUUAUGACUAAGUAUUGCCUGGCAUCGUCAGGUUGGUCCCGUGGGGUGUUGUAACAACAGUUUUAUUUUAAAGUAUGGUGAUUUUGGUCGGGCUAUAACUAGCAGUAUUAAUUAAUAUGAUAAUAGACAAUUAUUUUUAAUCCUUCUGUGAUAAUUCAUGAAUUCUGCCAUAAAGUCCAUUUGCAAGUAUCAAGUGCAACAAUAGUAAAACCCCGGUUAUUGCCUAAUGUGUUUUUUAUGCUUAAUGUUUUUGAGAUGUGAUAAGUUUAUUUUUUGGAGCUAAUAUAUUCUGCUAAUAGACAAUUGUGUUACACAUAUACUACGAUGUACAUAUUGUAAAAUAAUAGUUUAGUUUAUGAGGUAAACAGGUCGCCAUUGCCUUUGGAGCAUGACUGAAAGAACACAUUCCCUCCUGGAUAUAAUUAUCUAUUUUAUUCUGUUCCACUGAAGCAAUGGUUGUGGAGCAUGACUGAAAGAACACAUUCCCUCCUGGAUAUAAUUAUCUAUUUUAUUCUGUUCCACUGAAGCAAUGGUUGCCCAAAACCAUGUACAAUUCACAUGAUGGCAAUUUUGCACAUAAACAAUGUAAGUUAACAUACCACAAUAGUUUUGCACAAAUUAUAUUUCCAGGUAAUAUAAUUAUUUUAUUUUAAGAAUGUUUAUUAAUUGAGUAUGUAUUAGGAUGUAUUCUUGCUCAUGUUGUAUAGUAGCCUACAUUCCAUGGUUGUCAAAGACUUAUUCUGGGCUUUUAAUAAUUCUUGUGGACAUAUUAAUAAUUCUUAUCAAAACAUGUCAUAGUGAAAUUUUAAUAAUGCAAUGUAUUAUUGUAAAUAAAAGUUUAUGAAGUUGUUAAUAAAUUAUUAUACAUUUCA